GCUGGUUAAAGCAGGACUUACUGAUCACUUGCUGCAGCACUUCAAGCAUUCGGUUCCCCUUUCUCUUGAACAGACAAGGACUCAAACCAUCAUGCCUUUUGUGUACAACCCAUACAAAAACCUCUGCACCGUCGGCCGUUUCCCAGCCAUUAAACUGCAGGAGGAUGGCUGCAGGAAAGCAACCUGCUACACACCGGUUUACAGCAACCCUUGUGUUAACCCAUGCGCAAAUCCUUGUGCCAAACUUGAUGUAAACCCUUGUGUCAACCCUUGCUCUAAACCUUUUGUAAACCCUUGGGCAAACACUUGCAAUAUUCCUUAUGCUUACCCAUAUGUUAACCCUUGUGUUAACCCAUGCGUCAACCCCUGUGUUAACCCUUGUGCUUCUCCAUACCCUAAUCCUUGCGGCUUUGUCACUCCAUGCCAUGAUUAUGAGACAAAGGAAGUUGUCGUCAAGGAAUUUGUGGAGGAUUGUACAACCAAGAGAGUCUGUGGGGGGGAGGAGGCUGUCCUCCGGGUGAGUAAAGUUGACCUUCUCAAAUGUAGGACUGGACAGAAUCGUCAGGAGCAUCACACACACUGUUUCCUUGAUGAUCGUCUCAUCGUCCGCAGAGGACAGUGUUUCAAUAUGUGGGUUGAUCUUUGCCGUCCAUUCAACCCCAGCUGUGACAAGCUUCACCUGGAGCUCAAACUUGGUCACAUCCCAUCCAUCCGGGACGGCACUUAUGUGAUCGUUCCAAUAGUGGAAGAAUUCAAGAAAGAUUGCUGGGGGGCAAAGAUUGUGGAAAAAGGACAAAACCGAAUCAAACUGUGUGUGCACUCUGUUCCGACUGCUUGUGCUGGACGAUACCAGCUCAGUGUCGUGACACACUGUCCAGGAGGAAGAUUCACUUUACCUUAUGUUCCUGAAAAUGACAUUUACAUGCUGUUCAACCCCUGGUGUAAAGAUGACUGUGUGUACCUGAGUGAUGAGGCAGAGAGAGCUGAGUAUGUGCUGAAUGAUAUGGGCAAAAUCUACUAUGGAACUAAGCAGCAGAUUGGCUGCAGAACAUGGAACUUUGGUCAAUUUGAGGAGGGAAUCUUGUCUGCAUGUAUGUAUGUGUUGGAGAAGAGCUGCACACCUUGCUCAGGAUGGGGAAAUCCUAUUAAUAUUUCCAGAGUGUUGUCUGACAUGGUCAUUGCCAACAAAGACUGUGGAGUGCUGGAGGGUAACUGGUCAAACUGCUAUGGAGAUGGAACUGCUCCGACAUCCUGGUGCAGCAGCAGUGCCAUCCUGAAACAGUACCACAAAUGUGGAGGAAUACCUGUCAAAUAUGGACAGAGCUUGGCCUUUGCUGGAGUCACCAACACACUGUUAAGGUGUUUGGGAAUUCCUUCUCGUCCAGUUUCAAACUUCUGCUCUGCUCAUGACACUGAUGUUUGUUUGACAUCUGACGUCUAUUUGGAUGAGAAAUUCCAGCUGAUCGAUCAUAUGAACCGUGAUUCAAUCUGGAACUACCACGUGUGGAAUGAGGCCUGGAUGACUCGGCCAGACCUGCCAUCUGGUUUUGGAGGUUGGCAGGUGAUUGAUUCUACUCCUCAACUCACCAGCCAGGGCUUCUUCCGUUGUGGUCCCACCUCAGUUGCUGCGAUCCGCACAGGACAGACCUUCCUGAAGCAUGACGUGCCCUUCCUCUUUGCUGAAGUGAACAAUGAUAAAGUUUACUGGCAGAGAAAAUGUGAUGGUACAUUUGGUGUUGUCCAUGUUGAGAAGGAUGUAGUAGGUCAUUGCAUCAGCACCAAGGCUGUUGGCUCAGAUCAACGUGUGGAUAUCACAAACCUCUACAAACACCCACUUGGUUCUUCUGAGAAGUGCACUGCUUUGGAAACAGCUCUUCGUCAUGGCUUGAGAAGAUGCACAUACCCACUGCCCUGUGCUGAGGAUGUUGUCUGUGAAGUCAACUUGAAAGGGGAUGGACCAUGUGUGGGCAAAGAUGCUGUGCUUUGCAUCAAUCUGAAAAACAAAUGCAGCUCACCUCGUAGCGUCACCCUCUACAGCCAGGCUGCAGCCAUGUACUACACCGGAAUCAGGAAGACCUUCCUGAAGAAGGACCACACAUGCAUUGAGCUCAAGCCUUCUGAAUGUAGACCCAUGGAAUGGACCCUGAGUUAUGAAGAAUAUAAGGAACACCUGGUGGAUCAUGCCUCACUGAUGCUCAACCUUUUUGGACACGUGGCUCAGACUAAGCAGAUUCUGGCCACCCAGUACAACUUCAGACUGCGCACACCAGACCUUGUUAUCGCUCCUGUAUGUGAUGCUGUCAUUGGUCAAGAAGUGCCAAUCAAAGUAACUUUCCAGAAUCCACUGCCUUGUGUUCUGAAGAACACUGUAUUCCGCUUUGUGGGACUUGGACUGCAGCAUGCCAGAGUUGUUAACUAUGGUGACAUUGCAGGGCAUGCCACAGUGUGCUUGACAGAGAAGUUUAUUCCCAAAUGUCAUGGCCCACAUAAACUUCUGGCCUCAUUUGAUUGUCCUCAGCUUACUCAGGUGCAUGGAUUCACCAACAUUGUUGUCAAACAGCACUGUUAAACCAAUCAAAUGAACAAAACAGAGGAAACGUCAUGGCUCAACUGAACAGAAAGUGCUCACAAUUGCAUUGGUUUGCAAAGAUAAGUUUUAGUUUCUUUUAACCUACAAGCUGUAUACCAUAGACUUAUUAUGGUGCAUUUAGUUAUGAUGAAGGAUACCUGCACUUAUGCUUUAUGCAAGACACUAUUGUCCUUUCAUCUUUUCUGAUUUUCUUUUUUGUAGAUUUUUGGGAAUUGGAAUUUAGAAUUUUGGAGAUUCAAAUGUCAUACUGAAUCAGUCAUCAAAGUAAUUGUUUCAUGGUGUUGGUUACUCUGUCCUGUGUAUCUUCAGCUUCAAAUAAAA